AUGUCGAACUUCUACUACGGUGCACAGCAGCAUUCAGGACACUCGAACAUGCAUUCUUCACACCAACAUCACGCCGGUCGGUCGAGGCGAUCCACCCGGACCACGGGCUACCAUCACCGAAACGAGCAGAAGCAGAUACGGGCUCUGCAGCUCAAAAAGGAGGCUGCCAUAGAGUCUGCAAUGGAACUGAGCUUCCGCCGCGAGUUCGAGGCUGCGCGUUCCUUCGACAUCGAGGACGACGAGCUGUUCUGCCCCUUCCACUUGCUCACUGAGGACGACCUGCAAUCUAUCCACUCGACUGGCUCAGACCGAUCGUCGCUCUCGAGCGGCUCUCCCGAGCAUUCUCCGCUCCAGCACCAAAUACAACCAUCCUCGAACUUCUUGUUGCCGCCGUCAUCCGGCAAUUUCAAUUCCGCUACCUACAGCAGCCAGUCCUCGUCCGCUGCCGCGCAAACGAAGAUCCAUGCUCCCCUAGCUCAGCGAACCCGCAAUGCCAUCCCAAUCGUGGACCCGUCGACCCGUGCAGUAGCCUCGCCACCACCAUCCGUAUCUCCAGCCAGGAUGAUGCAGCAGGCGAUGAACAGCCGUCGAUGGUAG